CAUUGGCUCCCACCUUCAUAUUCCUCCAUCUCUUUCCGACCAUAGAAAACCGCCUCUGCUCUCCGAACUUUAAGAAAUGUGCAAAAUCAACCGCUCCCUCCAUUUUUUCUCCUAGGCAAAUCAUCGAACGCUUGGGUGGCGCGUGUAGUUUCGCACGCCCAAUGACUUCCGCCACAAUGGCCUGCACGGCCUCUCUCUCACUCCGCCCUUCUCUCCCGCCUCUUCCUUCUUCGUCUUCUACCUUUUUUGCCGGUGGGACCCAUCUCUGGUCCCACAAGAGGUUCCUGAUUUCCAUCUCCCUCUCUUCUUCUUCUUCCACUUCGUCUCAGUACGAUAGGAAGAUAUCGGCGAGGCGGUUCGGGAGAUUUGUGGUGGCCGCCGCAGCUGAUUAUUACUCCACUCUCGGGGUCUCCAAAUCUGCUAGCAGUAAAGAGAUUAAGGCCGCUUAUCGGAAGUUAGCUCGUGAGUACCACCCUGAUGUCAACAAGGCACCUGAAGCGACUGAAAAAUUUAAGGCGAUUAAAGAUGCUUAUGAGGUAUUAUCAGAUGACAAAAAGAGAGCUCUAUACGAUCAAUACGGGGAAGCUGGGGUUAGAAGUACCGUAGGGGCUGAAGCUGGUGCUUAUACGACAAACCCUUUUGAUCUGUUUGAGACAUUUUUUGGAUCUGGUAUUGGCAAUUUUGGAAUGGAUGCAGCUGGCUUUGGAACUGCAACAGGUCGUCGUAGCACUGUUACCAAGGGUGAAGAUUUACGUUACGACAUAACAUUAGAGUUUUCAGCGGCUAUAUUUGGAGCUGAAAAAGAAUUUGAACUUUCACAUCUUGAAACAUGUGAAGUUUGUGCUGGUUCUGGAGCAAAAGUGGGCUCCAAAAUGAGAAUUUGUUCUACAUGUGGUGGCAGAGGACAAGUUAUGAGAACUGAGCAAACACCAUUUGGCAUGUUUUCCCAGGUUUCUGUAUGUCCAAAUUGUGGAGGCAAUGGUGAAGUGAUUUCUGAGUUUUGUCGUAAAUGCUCAGGGAAGGGGCGGGUACGAGUCAAGAAAGAUAUUAAAGUCAAGAUACCUCCCGGAGUGAGCAAGGGCAGUAUCCUCAGAGUUGCUGGUGAGGGUGAUGCAGGUCCAAGGGGGGGCCCCCCUGGAGACCUUUUUGUCUAUCUUGACAUCGAAGAGAUACCAGAGAUUCAAAGAGAUGGCAUAAAUCUAAUGUCGACAAUUUCAGUUAGUUAUCUCGAUGCGAUUCUGGGAACUGUUGUCAAGGUUAAAACAGUUGAAGGUAUAACUGAACUCCAGAUUCCUCCCGGUACUCAACCUAGCGAUGUUCUUGUCUUGGCAAGAAAAGGUGCCCCUAAACUUAAUAAGCCCUCAAUACGUGGUGAUCAUUUGUUCACAAUAAAAGUUAGUAUACCAAAGCGUGUCAGUGCAAAGGAACGUGAGUUGCUUGAGGAACUUGCUUCAUUGAAUGGCAGCCCAAUUGCUCGGACUAAAACUCAGCCCAAGGUUCAGCAAGCUGCUAGAAGUACAGAAACAAAAAUUGAUUCUGAUUCUGGUACAGAGAAAAGUGAUGAAUCCGAAGACACAGAUGACGUCUGGAAAAAGUUAAAAGAUUUUGCUGGGUCUGUUGCAAAUGGUGCUCUGAAGUGGUUUAAAGACAACCUCUGAUGGAAUGCAUCAACAUAGCUUGUCAUUAACCACACACAGGAUUCAGGCGUCGAGCAGUUUUCUUUAGAUUGAGUUGUGUAAAACACCCAACAACAACCCUUUGGGGUAAUUGAUUUUCCCACCAACCAUUCCCCCCUGUAAAUUCCAACAAUGUCUCAGCCAAGAGUUGUUACUACUAGUGUUAUUACUCAUUUCUGCCAUUUGUGACUUAGAUGAGAUGUGUACAUGUACGGGAGGGAGGUAACCUGACCUUCUUUUCUGCAAGUUGAGAAAGAAAGAAAUUGAAGGAAGGAAAGUGUUGGAGAAAAUGGAGCAUUCAUUCUGUGGUGUUGCUACCUUCCUUCACAUUUGCAUUUAAUCCCACAUCAUAUUUCAUA